CGCCCCGCCCCCUGGGCAAUAGCUGGAUAGCGGAGAGGCCGGGCCCCGUUAUCCGCUGGCUGCCGCCAUCCCGGUGCCCAGCAGCGGGGCAGCCCUUCGGGCCCGGGACAUGCGUCGCGCGGCAGCCGGGCCCCGGCACUGAGCGCCCAUGGAGCAGCCCGUGGGCGGCCGGCGGCCCCGGCUCGUCUCCUCGCUGGCGCUCGGGCAGCGCGCCUGGGAGGUCACCUUAGAGUGGGAGCGGGGACUGCUGUCCUGGCGGGAUCCGCAGCCUGCCCGGGGCCGGGGCGGCGGAAAUUGUUUUGUGCCCGCCUCUGAGAUUAUUGCUGUAGAAGAAACUGAAAUUGACGAGAAGCAGUGUAGUAGUGGAAAAUGGCAAAAAAUGGCAAAGCCGCAUGCUUUCACAGUAUAUUACGUGAAAAGAGCACAGAAACACCGCUGGCGGUGCAGCGAAGUAACAUUUUGGUGCGUUGAUGAGCAACUGUGUAACCAGUGGAUACAGGCACUUAAAGACUUACUUGAGUUACAGAAAUCUAGACCAAAGCAACUGCUUGUAUAUAUUAAUCCAUAUGGAGGAAAACGGCAAGGGAAGAGGAUCUAUGAACAAAAAGUGGCUCCAUUGUUUAGUCUAGCUUCCAUCUCCACUGAUGUUAUUAUAACUGAACAUGCUAACCAUGCUAAGGAUAACUUAUUUGAAGUUAAUAUAUACAAGUAUGAUGGUAUUGUUUGUGUUGGUGGGGACGGAAUGUUCAGUGAAGUGAUGCAUGGUCUAAUUGGAAGAAUACAGAAGGAUUCUGGCAUAGAUCAAAAUAAUCCCAAAGCACCAUUAGUCCAGUGCAAUAUAAGGAUUGGCAUAAUCCCUGCUGGUUCAACCGACUGCAUAUGCUAUGCAACAGUUGGUGUCACUGAUCCAGUAACAUCAGCACUACAUAUUAUUGUAGGUGAUUCUCAGCCUCUGGACGUCUCCUCCAUACAUCACAACAACACAUUUCUUAAGUACUCUGUGUCACUAUUGGGUUAUGGUUUUUAUGGCGAUAUACUAAAAGACAGUGAAAAGAAGCGGUGGAUGGGUACGAUCAGAUAUGACUUUUCAGGUUUCAAAACGUUUCUCUCUCAUCAUUACUAUGAGGGAACAGUUUCCUUUCUACCAGCAAAACACACACUGGGAUCUCCAAGAGAUAAGAAAAGAUGCAGAACAGGGUGCUUAAUUUGCAGGCAAAGUAAGCAACAACCAGAGGAGCCACAGAAAAAAUAUGGAUUAGAACAUAAUGAGGAUGAAGGAGGAGAAGAUUGGAAGGUUAUUAAAGGAAAGUUUCUGGCCAUCAAUGCAGUCAAUAUGAGCUGUGCCUGUCCACGGAGUCCUAAAGGCCUUUCACCAGCAGCUCACUUGGCAGAUGGCUCUAUUGACCUCAUUCUAGUUCGCAAAUGCUCCAGAUUCAAUUUUCUAAGGUAUCUCGUCAGGCAUACAAACCAAGAUGAUCAGUUUGACUUCACAUUUGUAGAGGUUUAUCGGGUAAAGAAGUUUCAAUUUACAUCAAAGCAUUUAGAAGACAAUGACAAUGAUGUCAAGGAUGUAGGAAAGAAACGUUUUGGCCAGUUCUGCAGAGACCAUCCAACUUGUUGCUGCAAUCUUAGUAACAGCAUCUGGAACUGUGAUGGAGAAACUUUGGAUAGCUCCACAAUUGAAGUUAAGGUUCACUGUCAAUUAAUGAAACUCUUUGCAAGAGGAAUAGAGGAGAACUCUAAUGAUGAAGCUGUUUACAACCAGAGUACAGUUGAGCAAUUACUAUAGAUAUCCUUCCACACAGUUUAAAAAAAAAGUUAAAGAAAAUUACUUGAGUAAAUAUGAAUUUCAUUCAAGUUAAUAAAUAUUUUAAAAUUGGAAAGCAUUUUGAUGGUAAAAUAUUUAUAAAAUUAUAUUUUAAUUUCAUCUGUGUACAUUUUUAAGGAUUUUAAACCUUCUCUGAGUCAUCAGGAGAUAUUUCAGAGAAACAACCUAAAUUAUGUGUGCGGCAGGAAGAGGAUUAAUUGGCUUACAUUUUCAUAAUGACUGCUGUUCAUUCCAUUUUUAAAGAACUAAUUGACUGGCUGUGUUGCAAUAAUAAUUAUAGAUGUGUUAAAGUAGUGUGAGUACUUUCCACUGAAAUCACACCUUUACAGGAGAUCAAAAUGAGAUAUUUGCAAUGUCAGUUUGAAAAGAUCUGCUUUGCUAGAAUUAUUCUAUAGCUGCAUGUGAUUAAAUACUGGAAAGUAGUCAUAUAUCUUCAUUUACUUCAUCUCUAUUUUUGGUUAAUCUUUCAUUACUUGUUUCUGACUGUAUCUUGCAACUUAUCAAUGCAAUUCAAAUAUACAUUCCUGGCUUAAGUAAUAAUUUUAAGAGUUUAGAAGUAUUUUAGUAAAUAAAAGGCAUAUCUGUAUAUAAAGCAUACUUGAUUUUACAUACUGUAUUUAUAAACUCCACUGCAUGGAACUUCGUGGGAUUAUAAAAGGCUUUCGUGAACUGUUUGGAUGAUACUUCAACUGCCGUUUGGUAUCUCACAAGCAGCUCAUAGGGGCAUUUAUAAUACCAGAAAAGCACAGGCAAGAGAAAAAUUAUAAAUAUAUUAUAAAGCACCAGCAAAUUCUACAUUUUUAAAGUAUUUUAAAUUAAUACACAAAAAGGUUCCCUCCUAGCAAUGACAAUGGCACAGUCCUUUGGAGAGUCCAUUAUACAAGGUGAACAGGUGGCCAAAUGUUCAUCUUAAAUGUGAUUUAAUUGACUGAAAGGUUUAGGUACUUUUAAUUAGUGAAAUGUGGAAAAUUUGCUGUGUGAAGUCAUGGGGAAAAACUGACCUUUGAUAGAUUACAAAUUCACCGUGUCAAUUGCUUGCUAUUUUAGCAGGGAAAAUUGAUUAUCCUGUACAUAUAUGGAGUGAUUAUUUACAUGUGUCUAUUAAUUUGAGUAUUAACACAUUUUUGCUGAAGUCAAUAUAGAUUUUGGGCUGAAUUCUCUUUUAUCAUUCCAGUCUCACACCUACAUAAUGAAGAUCAGAAUUUAGCACCCUCUCUCUAUGUUGCCUUUUGAUGAGCGUAUGCUUUGCUAUAAAAUGUUCUGUUUGUGUUUGUUUUGUGUCUGAACGACUAACAGUACCGUAUUUACAUAACUUAUUGAAACUUCUGUUGUGUAGCUGCAUUAGUUUUAUUUUUCACACCUGUUUGUAUUGUUUAAACUUUGAUAAUUUUUCAUUGUACUGCUGAAGCACUUGAAGUACAGUUAUCAUAGAUGGCUGUUUUUUUUUCCAAUGAAGGCAAUUACGUUUAAGUGUAAUUACUAAAUGGGGUGCUUUAUCAUUACUGUAAUGAUAUUCGUACUGCAGUGUUCUGAUAAAACAUAUGCAAAUGAUUUUCCUUUAAAAUACAGCAAUAGAACGCUUAGACUCUAUUUUUCAUUAUGUACUAUUUCAGUGAAAUAUUUGAAUACUUUUCCAAAAGCAGUACUAUUUUACACUGUUCUGUAAUGGGAUCGGUUGGAAAAUUGACUGAACCAAUGUUGUUCAAACUUACUUAACAUAAAAACGCGAUUUACACUAUAUUUUUAAAGCCACAUUUACUAACUGUAUUUUGAAGUAAAACCUCCUCUGGAAAUACAGUAAUCCAGUUUUACAAAUCCAUGUUUUGUAAAAGUAUCAAGUUAAUGUAAAAGUUAGCUGUCCACUUAAGUGGCCUAGUGAUAGGCAUCUAGACGGAAACCCACAUUUCAAUUCUUUUGAUCUUUGGGUAGGCAGUGGCUCACAGCACUGUGGAUGUGGCACUUUUUGCUCACGGGCAGAUGGGGACACUCAUCAUGCUCUAAAGUAUCAGUUCCAGCUGGGCAGAAGUAUAAUUUAUGCAUUCAGAAGUGAUCAUUAUCCAACUGCCCCAGAUCAGAGGUGUAAGGCUGAGAAAAAAGGGUUAUGUGGGUAAAAACCCUUCGUCCUCUCAUGAAUGUCCUUUGAGAACUCCUACUGCCAGAGGCUAUGUGUAUAAUGUUCCCGAAAGAAUCCUAUUCUGAAGGGCCUAUUGUGAAGAACAAGCCACAAGGGGAAAGCUGAGAGGGAGUUGUGUAGUGUGUUGGAGAGAUGAAAGGUAAAUUAAAAAGUAACUGGGCUGUUGCAACAUAGCAAAAAUGUAGCUAAUUGUCAAACUACAUUGUUUCAUCUGAAUAACUUUCUUUGUAGUUUUUUGUACUACCAAAGCACCAAAGCAUAUGUGAUUGUGUGAUGUGUUCCAGUUUAUUUUUAAGCAAAGAGAACUGUGUAAGUAGUGUCUGCUUAUGUCUUAGUUAAUACUAGAACAGGAUUGUUCUUUUCUAAAAACCAUCUCAAUACUGAAAUUACAGCUGGAAAAACUAAAAGUUUAACUUUUUAAAUCUUGCUGGCUUCAAGAUUAUAAAAGUACAUUUUGUUCUGACACAUUGAAGUGAACUCUUCUGAAAAAUAAAAUUAUGUUGUACACAA